AUGGAUUGCGCACCCGGUAUCGCAGAUCUCGACGAAUCGUCAAGCUCAACGACGGGAACGUCGAGUAUUUCGCCCAUUGCAAGCCAAUGUGUCUCGCUAGCAGGGCUCGACGAGUCGUAUUCUAGCCCCAGGUCGUUUGAGGGACAAACUAUCGAGGGGCGCAAAAUCAGUGAUUGUUUUGACGCGUUCUUCCAACGAUACUCCCCGCAUCUCCCGAUUCUUGAUCCCUCCUUAAGUCCGAACCAAUACUACACUCUUUCUCCAUUCCUGUUUUGGGCCAUCGUUUUCGUGGGAAGCAGGCGAUAUGAGAGGGAUCCGACCUUGUUAGGCAUGCUAGCACCUCACAUAAACUCGCUCGCACUCCGUUCGCUGGAGAACCGGGCAAACCCGAUUCAAACGAUCCAAGGACUUCUCAUACUAUGUGUCUGGCCGGUGCCGAUCAACACGAUGCACAAAGACAUUAGCAACGUGUUGAGUGGAGCGGCGCUUCACCUGGCGAUGCAAAUUGGACUGCACGUUACUCACUCGGAACAAGACUUUGAGCGGACUAAGAUUGAUACGGGUCGACUUCAAAAGAUAUCUCGCGCGCACCUGUGGAUCCACUGCGUCAUGAUAUGUCACAGCACGAGUCUCCGCGAGGGUAUCCCGCUCUUGAUGUUGCCUGGUGCCUCGAGCCUUGGACUUGAUGCCGGCACAGUCCUUGCUGAAUUUUCGGAGCAUUCGCGGCUUCGGUGGAAAGUUCACGAAACGGUGCUGGCUUCCACGGCGACGAUCAGCAAGAUUCUUGGUGACAAAGCCGCAAUGUCUCGGCCCAACGCUCUAAGCCCCUUUAUCAGCAUAUUUGAUGCGCAGUUUGCGGAAAUUAUGAGCCAAUCCCAUACCAUGCCGAGUACAAUCUAUGUAGCGUCCUGCCAUCUUCACCUCCUCGCCUAUUACUUACUCGAGAGAUCCGAUUCACCAAAUACCCCUGGCUUGCUGCGUCUGUAUGCCCACGCCUGCUCGUUGAUCGAGAUGGUUGCCGCCGAAGACGCACGCAAUGGCUUUCUCAGUACUUGCCCCGUCCUGAUUGAACGCUGCAUUGGGCUAGCAGCAUUUACGAUUCUCAAGAUAGUCAGAAGCUCGCUAUCGAAUAAUAUCAACGCGGAAGAGGCGGAGCGGGCUUAUUUUUCCGCCAUCCGAUUCAACAGAAAGAUGAUGUUGCAAGGGGACGAUUUAGGAGCACGUGGGGCAACGCUCAUGAGCCAACUGUGGACGAGCAAGAACAUAUUCAAGUUGUCAAACGGCAAGACGGACAGUCUGAAGAGCCGAAUUCGAAGUCGAUUAUCCAUGAGUAUUGUUUUUGAUUGCUUUUGGUGGUGGCGAGAAGAGUUUGGUGGCCAGUCCAGCCCGUACCGAGAAGCGAGCGCGGCCCCGAUGGAUCGGGCGGAGCCAGGACCAGAAGAAGUAACGGAGAACGAGAGGGACACUGCGCAUAACGAGGCGGGAUCUGGGACCAUUGCCUACCCCAAAUAUGAUGGCUCUGGGUCGGAAUUGCUCGCGUUCCCCGAGGAGCCGUUUCCAGACUACGAUUGGGCGGCGAAUCUAGACUUUACUGAUGUAACUUGGACACCAAACACCUUUACAGGGACGAUAGGAUAA